CAAACGUCAUCGCCACGUCUCCGCGACGCGGCAAAGUCGGGGAGGGGUGGCGUCCGCAUAGGGAACAGCCUUCCAACGCGAUAUCGUACGAUUUCUCCGUCGACACGGUGCUGGUCCGGCCGUGCUCACACCGUUCGCACCACGCUACCCGAGCGGGAAAACUUCUACGUCCUUUUCCUUCCUAACGGCAACGUUACCGGCCCGUUCUCGUCGGUCUGUGGGGUGUGAAUUCCUGGUUAGGUCUGCCCGUCUACGGUGUAACCGGCGUCCGGAUUUGGGUGCGGCGGCGUGAACGAAGCAAGUGCGUCGGUUGGAUCAAAGCGUGGUGCAGCCCGGCGCAAUGGGCGUCGUACGGUGGAACUGCGCGGCUUCUACGUCGUCUUUGCUCCUCGUCGCUGUCGUCUUCUACGUGGCUCAACUGAGUCGGACAGUACACGCAGCCAACGACUGUUCGACGAGUCAGUUCAAGUGCGCCGCCGGCGACAAGUGCAUACCCCUGACGUGGCACUGCGACUCCGACACGGACUGCCCGGACGGAUCGGACGAAGUCGGAUGCGAAAAGCGUACAUGUUCGCAGACGGAGUUCAGGUGUAAGAACGGCAACUGCAUACCCAGCCGGUGGCAAUGCGACAACGAGAACGACUGCGAAGACAAGUCGGACGAGGAUGUCGUCACAUGCAGCAACAAGACCUGCUCCGAAGAACAGUUCACCUGCAAAAGCCAAGAGUGCAUUCCCAUUACGUGGAGGUGUGACGGGCAGGAGGACUGCGUGGACGGGUCUGACGAGAAAGAUGAAUGCCUUGCGGCGACGUGUACCCAUGAGGAGUUUUCCUGCAACAACGGCAAGUGCAUCACCAAACGAUGGGUGUGCGACCAAGACGACGACUGUGGUGACGGCAGCGACGAGAAAGGAUGUGCCAACGUAACCUGCUCCAGCGCGGAGUUCAUGUGCAGCAACGGCCGCUGUAUCCCAGACCGGUGGCACUGCGACGGGGACAUAGACUGCCUGGACGGCUCGGACGAGCGCAACUGUCCCACGACGGGACGACCCAGCCCGUGCAAGGUCCGCGAGUUCCAGUGCGCCAACGGGGUGGACUGCAUCCACACGUCGUGGCAGUGCGAUGGCGACCCGGACUGCCCGGACGAGUCGGACGAGGCCAACUGCACCAACACGUGCCGGCCAGACCAGUUCCAGUGCCGGAACCUGCACUGCAUACCGGGGCUGCUGGAGUGCAAUGGGAAGGUGGAGUGCCCGGACCGCUCCGACGAGGACCACUGCAACACGACCGUGAACCGAUGCAACCCCGACACCGAAUUCGACUGCGGUGGCAAUCACUGCAUCCCCAAGCAUCUUGUGUGCGACGGCAAGAAUGACUGCGGUGCUUUCGAAGACGAGCCUCGUGAACUCUGCCACAAAAAUGAGUGCAGCAGUGGCCACAGCGGUUGCUCCGACAUCUGCAAGGACGAUCCGAUCGGUUUCCAUUGCGAAUGCCACCCGGGCUUCAAGCUCACCGAAGACAACAGGACUUGCGACGACGUGGACGAGUGCCUGAUUCCCGGCUCCUGCUCUCAGAAGUGCACAAACUACAAGGGAGGCUACAAGUGCGAGUGCAUCGAAGGCUACGUGCCGGAGCCGCGCGACCGCCACCGCUGCAAGGCUAAGGAGGGAGUUCCGUUUCUGCUCUUUGCCAACCGCAACGACAUCCGCAAGAUCAACCUGGAGACGGGAGAGUAUGUGGAGGUGGUCUCAAAGCUGAGGAGCACCAUCGCCAUGGACUACAUCUACCGAACGGGAACCGUGAUCUGGUCAGACACCGUCAAAGAGGAGAUCAGCAGUGCCCCGAUCGACACGGGUGCUCCGACCAAGGUGAUCAUCAACAAGGACCUCCACGUGGCCGAUGGUUUGGCGGUGGACUGGAUCUACAACCACGUGUACUGGACAGACACGGCCCAGAACCUCAUCUCUGUGGCAGACUUGGACGGAAAGAACCGCAAGGCCCUCUUCUCGGAAGACCUUGACGAGCCGCGCGCCAUCGUCGUCAAUCCUCUCGAGGGGUGGAUGUUCUGGACCGACUGGGGCAGGCAGCCCAAGAUUGAGCGUUCGGGCAUGGACGGCUCGCACCGGUCGGCCAUCGUCACCACAGACAUCCUCUGGCCAAACGGCCUGGCCAUCGACUUUGUGUCCAAGCAGCUGUUCUGGGUGGAUGCCAAGCUGCACCUCAUCGGCAGCUCGGACUACAACGGAAAUAACCGCCGAGUCAUCCUGUCCUCCCCGAUCCUAGUCAAGCACCCCUUCUCGCUCGAUGUCUUCGAGGACUGGCUCUACUGGACUGACUGGGAGUCUGAAGUGAUUAACAAGGUGAACAAGUUCACCGGCGCCAACCUGACCGGUCUGGCCAAUGGCGUCUAUUCUCCGAUGGACAUUCACGUCUACCACAGCUACAAGCAGCCCCCAGGCGAGAACCACUGCAAGCCGACCAACGGCCAGUGCUCUCACCUUUGCCUGCCGGCCCCCACCAUCAGCCCCCACUCGGCCAAGUUCUCUUGUGCCUGCCCCAACAAGAUGGAGCUGCAGGAGGACGGCCAUAACUGCAGGAUCGUCGAAACGGUGGUGUCAACAACGUUACGACCUUCGACGGUGGCAGCGGUCACGGACGAAACGGUGGUGUAUAAUGCGAGCCACAACGAGGUGUCUGCCCAGCCCUCCGUCGGACACAGGGACUUGCUGGGAAAGCUAGACACCGGCAAGCUCGCGGGCAUCGUCAUCGGUGUCCUGGGGGGCCUUGCCAUCAUCUUCACCCUGAUUGGGUAUGUGGUGUACCGGCAAUGCCUGCGGAGAAACAUCACCAGCAUGAACUUUGACAACCCAGUGUACAGGAAGACAACAGAAGACCAGUUUAGCUUAGAAAAGAACCAGUACCAGCCGGCCAGGUCGUACCCGCCGAGUAUGGAGCCACUGACGUCGCCAGGUACCAACGAGUUUGUAUAGUGGCCAUCUUGCUAGAGAGGAAGUGGUCGACGGGACUCGUUUCCAAUUAGGGACAUUGUACUUCUUUUUAUUUUUUUUUGGUGGGGUGUCGGGCAAGUACGCCCAUAGCCCGGAGGAGCUUACACCCAAAAACGACACCAGCCCCGCACUCCCAGCAAGCCAGCCCGCUGCAAACUAGCAACAGUGGGAAGAAGCGAAUCCACCGAGUUCAACCAGUGUCGUCCAGUGGUGCUUAGCGCGGUGGCGGCCUCCCUCUCGAGCGUCCGACCGACCGGCAUUGGAGCGACGGUGGCGCAUGGACGCAACACGUCGCGGGCAAGGUUUUCGGUAGACGAGAAUGUUCGUCGCGGAUCGUCGCCGACGAGCAGAUUCGCAACCAAGGCCUGUCGGUGCUCGAGUCUUGUCGGCAUCCUGGACUUGCGCUCGUCCCGGCGGCGCCCCGGCUUGGGAACAGCUCCGGCGAAACGGAGGACACCGAAAACCAGCGUCGAGUCAAGACGAGCCAAGGGAGCAAGCCGCCGUUUGCCUGGCCGCAAAGUGGUGUUCGACGGUAGGCGGCGACUGCGGUGCCGCAUUUCUCGUUCGUCCCGGCUAAACAGAGACACGUGGGGUCUUUCCUGUGCGCUGGCGAGUUGGAGGACGCUCGAUGAGCCUGACGUUCAGGAGUGCCGGUCCCGGACUUGUUGUCCUCCCGUGUGGUCGGGAAGGAGGCGCGGCGUUUCCGCCGUUUGUGUUAGUUUGGGCAGUCAAACGCAGCUCAAGGGGUUUAGGCUACUGUCCAAGAGAAGUAGGAGAGUCUGCACGUGCGCCAAUGUGCGCGUGCGGUGCGCGUGUAGUUACGGGGAGUAUUUAUUUGCAAUCUGUCGUCCAAAUCUAGGAUCUGCCUUAUUCUUGCGUUCAACUCUUUCCCCCAGUGGUGAACGUGGAGUCUAUAAUUUUUUUUUGUUUUUUUUUUCUCUUUCCAAACAUCUUUGGGUUUGGCCUUUUGCCCUCGUUAUUUAUUGACCUUCCACAUGGUUGGAGUCAUUUGAGAUCUGCCCCGUUUUUUGGGGAAAAAGUGCAACCGAUACGAUCGUCCACGGAAGCGGCAGUGUUUGUUUUCUCUUUCUUUUUCACGCACGCGAUUUUUGUGCGUGUAGUAGUUGUUACUUGUUUGAAUGCCUGUUGAAACAAAUCCGUGUUCUUUGUACACUUCGCGUGAAGGGAUUAAUCGAGAUGUCAGUCACGCAUUGCCGAAUCGGUGUCGCAUAUCGUUUAGGCCCGUGGCCUGAAAACGACCAACGUCUGGAACUAUUGGCGUCGUGCAAUGAAUCUUUCUUUGCGGCACUUGUGUCUCUCUACCACGUCGAGCGAUACAAAUUUUGCAAAGGUGCCUCGCGGUUUUCGAGGGCGGCAGAAGUAGUGAAAGGAAGCACGGUUGUCUGCUUGCUUGGUGUGUAUACGUGCGCUAAAACCACGCUUUUCUGAAUUUCGUGUCGAUUUGGUACUGCAAUCUGUUAACGAGGAAAGUUUCGUUGGUCACGGAAACGCGUUGUGCGAAACACUGCGAGGCACACAGACCCCUGGUUGCUGUGCGCUUCGGCCGCAAACUUGGGCUGAGAGUCUCGUGAAGUGCAACGAAGAAAAGUUGUUCUCCUUUGCAUCUUGUCAUGUCGUCCAGAGGAUAUUUUUGCGUCCUUGUUUUUUGUUCACUUGUGAAUCUCCUUUAUUGCUUGCUCUCCAGAUGCGUUUAUGUCGCUCGCCUGAAAAUCUAGAUUUUGUUUUUUGCUUGAAUUUGCACUCUUUUUCUCGACCGCCGGCAUCUCCUCCCGACGAUUUUUAAGCAUUUACAUCGUUGCAACUAAUUUAUUAGACCGUCUCCAUAUCUCGACACCUGCAGUGUGCGCUUUCCUUAAGUCACUUCCCGUGUUAGACGUGCUCGAAAAGCGAGAAACGGCCCUUAUUUUUCGUAUCUUUGUCUUUUCAUUUUGCAUAACACUGUACAGUCAUAUGCGUGUUUUUCUAGAGAAACAUGCCAACUUGUAUGUAUAGCUUUACCAGUGUUUCCUUGGAGGCACGAGCAUUUAGCUUGUGGAUUGUUAACUAUAAUUUAUGAGCAAGCGAAGAGCUACUACGAAUGGGGGUUUGGCAACCAUGGAUCAUUGUUGCACAUCACACCUUUUCAAACAUGUCAGUGCAUCAGUACUUGAAAAGUCUAGAAAAUUGAAAGUCUGUUGGAACAUCGGAAAAAAAAAAAUGUUCUGGCAAAAUGCGUUGCAGAUCUUUUUUUUUGUAUUUUGUGAUAUAUGGCAGCUACUGUUGCUACUGUUUCUGUGUCUGCCUCCCCCUUUCUGUCGAUACGAAGCAGAAAUUUCGUUUAUGUAAUUUUAUGUAAAUAGCAUUGUACCCAAGCGUAAGUGAAUAAAAAUUGUGAUUUCAGUAAAUAGUAAA